UUCAACAACGAGAGAGAGAGAGAGAGAGAGAGAAAGAGAAAGGCCGUCUCUCACAUGCAAUAAACUCGCGUCCGCCGGCCCCGGUUGGAUUUUCUCCCAGACAUCGUCUAAACCGGCGUCGUUUUAGAUCAAAAUUUUUUCUUAUAUAAAAUAGUCCCUCCAUUUUGACCGUAGUGUCUUAACGCAAGCUACAGUAUUCGACGAUUGCUUCGAUUUUUCUCUCUCUUACUAAUUUCUAUGAUGUCGGGGAAUGCUUUAAGAGAUCUCAAUGCUUUACCUACGUUUGAGAGGAAGAAUGACAGCUCUAGUAAAGGGAAUAUUACUAAGCCUUGCAAUGGGAACACAAUUGAAAAUUUUGAAGAGCAUCAGAAGAAAAGGCCUGUUUCUGUUGAUAUAAAUGGAGGCGAAACUGUAAAUUCUGGAGUAGAGGUAGCUAAUUUGGAAGUAGAAUACAUUGAAUCUGAGAACUUGAGUGACUUAGAAGAUGUUGAUACAUGUCUUAAGAAGCUCUUAGCUGGACUUGACUCUAAAGAUUGGGUUCUGGUUGUUGAAGCACUCAAUAAUGUUCGCCGAUUAUCAAUUUUCCAUAAGGAAGCAAUGCACAGCAUGCUGGGAGAUUUAAUCCCUCUUGUAGUUAAGUCCUUGAAGAAUCCAAGAAGUGCUGUUUGUAAAACUGCAAUUAUGACAUCUGCUGACAUUUUCAGUGCAUAUAAUGAUGAUUUGAUUGAUUCUUUAGAUCCCCUGCUUUUACAGCUUCUUCUUAAGUCUUCACAAGACAAAAGAUUUGUAUGUGAGGCAGCUGAGAGAGCUUUAGAGGCAAUGACUACUUCAGUUUCCCCUAUGUUGUUGUUGCCCAAGUUGCAACCCUAUGUUAAGAACAGAAAUCCACGAAUUCGAGCAAAGGCAUCAAUGUGCUUUAGUCAUAGUGUUCCACGACUGGGCGUUGAAGGAAUCAAAGAAUAUGGAAUUGACAAACUGAUACAAGUAGCUGCAUCUCAGCUAAGUGACCAACUCCCGGCGUCUCGGGAGGCUGCUCGAACCCUUCUUUUGGAGCUGCAAACUGUAUAUGAGAAAUCCCAUGGCCUCUCAACAACAAUAUCUGAGCAUCCAGAGAUGGACACUUGGGAGAACUUUUGUCAGUCAAAGCUCUCUCCUUUAAGUGCACAAGCAGUGCUUCGUGCCACAAACAUUCCUCGGGAAGGUCUUGUUAUCGGUUCCUAACAGUGAGUUUUAUAUAGACCAUACAUGAGUUUGUAGCAAGUAAUGCCUUUUUAAUGAUACUUACAUUCACGAGCUUUAGUGAGCACAUAUUGCUUUGGUUUUGGUUUUAUCUUUUUAUCCUUGUAAAUUCUCUCGAAUUCUUGAGAUAUCUUCGAUCUUGGUUACGAAAUUAGUUGGAUUGGAAUUGUACGAACGAUAUUCAUUGCAUAUGGUUCCCUCUUGGGUCUUGAUCUUCCUCAUUUAUGUCAUGGAUUGCAGAAAUAGUUUAUUUGCUUGAGCCUUUUUG